AAAUAAAAAAGAAAGAAGCACCUGUUUAUGACAAACUCAGCCUUCUGGGUGACGUAGAUGGUUGUAUGUAGGUAACAGGGUGGUUUCAGGGAUGGCAAAUUCACUUUAGAAAUUGUAAAAUGCCUAGCAGUCUUCGGAACGAGAUUAGUUAGAAAAGGAAAGUGACAACUGUGUGUUUUCUGCAGGGCCUGUCGGAAAGUCUCUGGUUUCUGUUCAUCCCUGAGGACUGGGGAGGAGGCCUUUUCAGGAAGAGCAGUUUAUUUUUGUGAAAGGGAAACUUCCUGAUUUCAAACAUUUGGAACUAAACUGGAACCUAUUUUUCUUUCCUAUUUCUACGUUUUUGAGGUGUGUGUAAAGCCACCAGCGCAGCAGCUGGGAGGACCCCUCAAAGCGGGGCGGGUGGGGUGAGUGAAUCCCAGCGGGUAGAGUCUUUGCCCAGAUUUGAAUCUCAUUUGGGUGAUGUUUCAGAGCCCUGGGUGGCAGAUGACCAUUUAUUCAACGGUCCUUCAUUCGCUCAUCCAGCCACUCAGCACAUCUUUACUGAGCACGUGCCCUGUGCUGUUCUAGGCGCUGAAGGAUAGAAGUGAACGGUUCUCUCCUCAUGGAGCUUAGGUUCCAGCAAUAAGCAAAACAUGUCCUGCAGCGAAAGGCUUCUGGGCUUCUGGGCUGCCGGCGAGAUCUUCCCAACUUUCACUACCGGGUUCCUUCCUGACGCCCGUCUCUAGGGACGCACUCCCGCGGUCGGCAGGGCUGGGGCCCGGCGGAGUCUCGCGAGGAUCUGGUGACUUCUCGCGGUAGCGCCCAGCGGUUGCCGGGAAACGGCGUGGCUUCCGGGGGGCGCGCGCGUUGGUCCGGGAGUCGCGGCUGGGCCUGUCCGCUGGCGUCAUGGCACCCAAAAAGAAAGGGAAGAAAGGCAAAGCCAAAGGCACCCCGAUUGUGGAUGGGCUUGCUCCAGAGGACAUGAGCAAGGAGCAGCUGUUUAUUUUUAGGUGAAAUUGAGUCCUCCCUCUUUCUUCCUUGCCUUUCUUCGGCCACACGCCCCUUUGCCGUGCAUGGGCCCCUGCUCAGUGCCUCACCUGACCCACUGCACCUGGCCAGGUGGAGGAGCAUGUCAGCCGCAUCCGGGAGGAGCUGGACCGCGAGCGGGAGGAGCGAAACUACUUCCAGCUGGAGCGGGACAAGAUCCACACCUUCUGGGAGAUCACACGGAGGCAGCUGGAGGAGAAGAAGGCUGAGCUGCGGAACAAAGACCGGGAGAUGGAAGAAGCUGAGGAGAGGCACCAGGUGGAGAUCAAGGUGUACAAGCAGAAAGUGAAGCACCUGUUGUAUGAGCACCAGAACAACCUGACUGAGAUGAAGGCCGAGGGCACCGUAGUCAUGAAGCUGGCACAGAAGGAGCACCACACACAGGAGGGUGUGCUGCGCAAGGACAUGCGGGCACUGAAGGUGGAGCUCAAGGAGCAGGAGCUGGCCAACGAGGUGGUGGUGAAGAACCUACGGCUGAAAUUGAGGCCAAGUAUGAUAAGAAGAUGAAGAUGCUGAGGGACGAGCUCGACCUGCGGAGAAAGACUGAGCUCCACGAGGUGGAGGAGAGGAAGAACAGCCAGAUCAACACGCUGAUGCAGCGCCACGAGGAGGCCUUCACCGACAUCAAGAACUACUACAAUGACAUCACCCUCAACAACCUGGCCCUCAUCAACUCCCUCAAGGAGCAGAUGGAGGACAUGCGGAAGAAGGAGGACCACCUGGAGAGGGAGAUGGCAGAGGUGUCUGUGCAGAACAAGCGCCUGGCAGACCCUCUCCAGAAGGCUCGGGAGGAGAUGAGCGAGAUGCAGAAGCAGCUCGCCAACUACCAGAGGGACAAGCAGAUCCUGCUUUGCACAAAAGCCCGUUUGAAAGUCACAGAGAAAGAGCUGAAAGACCUGCAGUGGGAGCAUGAAGUGUUAGAGCAGCGGUUCACCAAGGUGCAGCAGGAGCGGGAUGAGCUCUACCGGAAGUUCACUGCAGCCAUCCAGGAGGUGCAGCAGAAGACAGGCUUCAAGAACCUGGUGCUAGAGCGCAAGCUACAGGCUCUGAGCGCUGCUGUGGAGAAGAAGGAGGUGCAGUUCAACGAGGUCCUGGCUGCCUCUAACCUGGACCCCGCAGCCCUGACGCUGGUGUCCCGCAAGCUUGAGGAUGUUCUGGAAUCAAAGAACAGCACCAUCAAGGACCUGCAGUAUGAGCUGGCCCGGGUCUGUAAGGCCCAUAACGACCUGCUGCGCACGUACGAGGCAAAGCUGCUGGCCUUCGGGAUCCCUCUGGACAACGUGGGCUUCAAGCCCUUGGAAACAGCUGUGAUCGGGCAGACACUGGGCCAGGGCCCCGCGGGACUGGUGGGCACCCCCACGUAGCCGCCCCACUGGGGGGCCACAGCCCAGACAGCCAGCCUAGGAACACUCUGGAUGACAACCCCUUUCACACCAAGGACAGCAAGUUUUUUAGAUUUUAUCAUCAGCAAAUGAAAGCUUUUCACAUGUUCUUGCCAUCCUCAUUCCUGGCUCUGUGGAGGAGAACCACCUGCAGGACCCUCACCCGUGGUGUCCCUGUCGCUUCCUUCCCUGGGUGCAUGUCCAGGCUGUGUCCGGGCCUACUGCCUGGUCUCACCUCUGACCACAGUCAGCAGCACCUUCUCAGAGUGCCUCGCACUCACCUGGGGGCUGGGGCAGUGCUGCACUGUGCUGCCUGUCUUCAUGCCACUGUUGUCCCAUCAAGUGGACAGCUUUGCAGGUGCUGGCACUGACUUUAUUGACACCUGAGUCACAGCCGCCCAGUGGGAUUCUCCAGGGGGCCAAGACUUCCCCAGGAAUUGGUGACACCAGUGCUCCCCGAUGAGCAUGAAGCCCACUCUGCUGAGGGCUGGGUGGGUGCAGCCAGCGUGCGGGAAAGGGCAGGCAGCCUCCUGCUGCCAGUCUUCGCUCUAGCUCCCUCGAUAGGUGGUGUAGGACCAGGGGCUCAGCAGCAGGGGCACGUGGAACUUCUGGGCGUCGCUGGUGAUGGUGAACACAACCUGAGACGGAGAGAGGGCCGGGAGAGAGCAUAAGGGGAUGGCAGCAAACCACCUGUCUGGCCCCAACACACCUGGGAGAAUUCAGCAGCCCAGACUGAGGGUCUGCACCAGAGGGACACUCCACAGAAGCUGCAGCCCAAUAAGUCAGGUGCUUCUGUGGCGGCUCCAGUGUGGGGUGAGGCAGUGAGGUUAGGCCCAGAGAGCUGGAGUUGGCUCAGAUGAAAACCUGUGUCAACAAAGAGGGAAUGAGUGGCCCAGCCUCCCCACAAAGCCUGACCCUGAGCAGGUCAGCGAUGGGUGUGUCCUCAUAGAGUCUAUUGCUGCCUGGACACCUUUCUUUUGGUGUCUCAAAGCAAGUGAGCUCACCUACCUGCCACCGCCCAGGACCAGUCUGCCCACUGUCUAAAUGAUGCCCGGCCAGCAGGACCUGGGCUGCAGAUCCCAGUGAGUCAUGGGCCUCAGGCCCUCCAGCCCACCGGGGCUCUCACCUCCACGUAUGGGUAGAAGCUUUCCUGCCCCCUCUUCCUCCAGUAGCCCUCAGUGUCGAAGGUGAGCUUGUAGGUGCCUGCCUUCAUCUGGUCCGGCAUCAGGAGUCCAGGGCAGCGGCCAUCUGGGUCUGUGUAGCUGGGGAGAGGAUGAGGCUGCAGAGAUGGGGAUGAGAAGCCCCCACCCCAGCUUUCCUGUGUCUGUACCCCAGUGGGCCUCAGACACUGCCCUGCCACCUGUCAGACUUGGGUGAGCAGACACAGUGGGGCUGUUAGGGCCUGCAGUUGCAGAGCAGUCCAGGGACACCACUGCCCUGUCUUUAGGAAAUCACAACACAGAGAAGCAAAAAGGGAAAAAGUCUCCCACAGUUUAUCCCGCGAGCAAUAACCACUUUACAGCCGGCACGUAUUUUUCCAGAUUUUCUCUAUGCAUAUUUGUUUACAAACUUAAAAUAACUCAUCAAGUGGAUUAUA